UCUCUCUCUCCGUCUCCCUUUCUCCCUCACUCCCUCACUCCCUCGGCUCGUGGAGGAGGAGCAGGCUCCUUUUUUCCCUCUUUUAGCACCGUACCCGGCCCGAUGUCCCGGCGGGAUCUCUAACGCGCCCGGAGCACGUUCGCGACGCCCGCGCGCACAACACACCCUCGCACCACUCCGGCCGACGCUAACUUAAAAUAUAAUUGCGUAUUUACCUGAUGUCUUAAGCGACAGAAAGUCGAGAAAAUGGCUGCCCUCGAUGGCCACACCUCGAUCUGUUGAGUGCAGUGUAGAAGGCUCGUGGGACAAAUCCCACCGGCGGGACCUUGGCGCGCACGCGCGACUGACGUCAUCCUACCCACGUGACCGAUCUCCGCAGACUCGUGCUCGGAUGUCAUUUCUCGCAGGACGUUUCUUCCUCGGUUCAUCAAUACCCUUAUUACCGACAAAGUAUACGUUACUGAGGCGUUAUUGCACACGCGCGGAUUUGUCCCAUGAUUCUUCCACAUUGGUCGAGUGUGCGGCAAUCGGUCGAGAUGGUAGGGGGCGAGACGCUUCUCGGGUACAUCUCAGGAAUGCACCGAGUCCAAAUGCCGGAGUCCGAAUGUCGCGUGACUCGCGCGCGUGUCUGGCUUAUCUACCGCCAAAUCAGGUGGUAAAGCAUCGAUCGCGAGGCGCGGCUUUGUCAGUUUGCCGCGUAUCCGGCUAAAUGGGAAAUCGAUUCAGGAAUUUGCCGGCGCCCGGCGAAUUAUCUUAUUUCGGCCCUGCGAUACGCUCCGAAACCGGCGAAUCAUGCGCCACCCGCGCGCCGCGCGUCAUGGACCCCUCUGUGAAAGGGGUUUGCGCAUGCGUCGCGCUCCAUCACCGUCGCCGCCACCUACGUGGGUGAAGGUGGAUGUGUACGACAAAGGGUUGAAAAAUAUGUAAAUA